CCGUCACAACCACUCGGGAUUGUGAAGAUUUUUGAAGUGCGCGUUUGGUAGGAGCGCGACGGUAACGCGCUGCUCGUCACCUCGCGUCAUUACGGCGCCCCCCCCCCCCACCCUGAACAAAGCCGCCGUCACAACCGCUCGGGAUUGUGAAUCUAAAUGUUUGACAAGUGCGCGUUUGAUCGGGGCGCGCCGGUAACGCGCUGCUCGUCACCUCGCGUCAUUACGGCGCCCCCACCACCACCCUGAAACAAAGCCGCCGUCACAACCGCUCGGGAUUGUGAAUCUAAAUUUUGACAAGUGCGCGUUUGAUCGGGGCGCGCCGGUAACGCGCUGCUCGUCACCUCGCGUCAUUACGGCACCCCCCCCCCCCACCAGCACCCUUCCUGCCAAGCCACUGGGAAUUGUGAAGAUUUUUUAUUUUUAUUUUUUGGGCUGCGGGUCAAGAACGAGAAGCGAGAAACUCGGGGAGCCUCUCUCUCCUCGGCCCCGGCGACAUAACGGGACCACCACCACCAUCAUCAUCACCACCCCCGCCUUUGAUUUUUAAACGUGAGGGCGACACAACAAGAUCCCGGCUGUUGUUGGGGGCAGGUUGACGAAGGCCUGAACGGCGACACCCGGCCGCCUUUGUCUCCCCAAGUGCUGCUGCUGCUGCUCGAUACAGACACGACCCUUGCUCUAGGGCCGAGGCUCAGGACCGGUUUCAGAUCAUCGCCGCUGACGUUUGGGCGUGAGCGAGAUCAUGGCUCUCAGAGUAUUGUCAACCCAGGCUCUCGAUUGAAAGAGAAGAGACUGGAGCCCAUGACAGCACAGACGUAUGUAACAAGAGCAGCAGCAGCAGCAUGUGGCCAGCCACUCCAUGCCGCGCGCUGUCCCGCGCCUUCCUGGCACGCCUGUGCUUCUGGUCACUGGCGGCGCUCUCCGCCGUCACUGUGGCACUGGUGCUGCUGCUAUCGUACGGCGACCGCAUGGAGGAGCGCCUGCUGCUCAUGCAGCUGCCGUGGCAGGCGCCCGACUGCCGCCCGGACCGCUCGGCUGGCGGCGUUUCCCCGCAGGGGCGAGCGCGGUUCCUCAGCUCCCCCGGCGAGUUGUGCCGCCCCGGAGCGGAGCCCUUCCUCCUGAUCUGCGUGGCGAGCGCGCCGGAACACCGGUCGCGGCGCGAGGCCAUCAGGGAGACGUGGGGUGGCGUGCGGAAGGUGGCGGUGGCCUCGGCCGGCGGUGGCGGUGGCCGGGCGCUGGACGUGCGCGUCGUGUUUGUGCUGGGAGUGACGCGCAGCGACCGGACGAGGGCCAGCGUGCAGAACGAGUCGGUGGAACGGCGCGACAUUGUGCAGGCGGAAUUCCUCGACACGUACCGCAACCUGACGCUGAAGACGAUGGCGACGCUGCAGUGGUUCGUGUCGCGCUGCCCCGGGGUGCGCUUCCUCCUCAAAGCGGACGACGACGUCUUUGUGAAUCCGCACUCCCUGGUGGAACACCUGCACGACGCUCACGGACCGGCGUCGCCAGCUGACGAGGACUACGGUGGCGGAGGCAAAGGUGGCGGUGUUGGCGGCGGCGAAGGAGGUCACGACCUGUACCUGGGCCGUGUGCACUCGCGGGUGAGGCCGAACCGGGACCCGGCGAGCAAGGCGUUUGUGAGCGACGAGCGCUUUCCGGGCGACCACUACGCCCCCUACUGCAGCGGCACCGCCUACGUCCUCUCCGGCAGCGCGGCGCGCAAGGUUCUAUCCACUGCCCUGCUGCUACCGGCGCCGCUGCUGCCGCUGGAAGACGUGUUCGUGGGCGAGUGCGCCCGGCGCGCCGGCCUGCGACCGUCGCACACGGCGCUCUUCUCGGGCUCACUGCGCCUGCCCUUCAACCGCUGCUGCUACGGCCGCAUCUUCUCGUCGCACCGCAUGGAGCCUGCCGACCAGCGGCGAGCGUGGAGCGUGCUGCGGGGCCCGCCCUGCUCGCACGUCGAGCGACUCGCCGGCUUCGCCGUGUGCCGCGCCCUCGGGAUGAUCGCCGGCGCCUGGGCCUCGCUCGUGGGGCGGCAGUCGAACAUCACCGCGUCGGCGAGCGGAUUCGCCUGAGUGCCAUCCGUCCCGACCCCCUUCUGGGCUGACGAUUUGUGUGGAGGUGGAUGGGCGUGGGGUUCGGAAGGGUUCAACACGGCCGUGUCGGUGAUUCAGAGCAGGGAGGAGUGCUUUAGAGGGGUUCAUAAAUGGCCGUGUCGGUGACAAGGGUGGCUUAGAGGGGUGCAUAAUGGCUGUGCCGGUGACGCUGGGCAGGCAGUCUGACACAAGUGUGAAACUUUACUGACGAAAUUAAAACCCGCAGGACUGAUCCAGUGACUUCAUCGGGGGGUGUCAAUCAAAUAUAUAUUUUUAUAUAUGUCAACAGCUGUGAUUUUAAAGUGUUGUUUACUUGUUAAGGGUGCCGCUGUGGUGUAAUGGUUAUCAAACUGGGACUUGCGAUCCAGAGUUUGCCGGUUCAAUUUCAUCCGAUCCUCUGGCACGGUAGUUGUAACAACAGUGCAAAGUUUCUGAAAUCCAAACCCACUGCCUCUAUCCACGCAGCAGUGUAAAUGGGCAUCACCGCGGUUGAUCUUCAGUUUGCGUGUGGCGGGGUAAAGUGUGGGUUUUCCCACAUCUUCCAAGAUGUCUGACCAGUGAGGAAGAAUAGGCCAAGUACCAUCUAGAUAUACUGUUUUAGAAGGGCUCAAUGGAGCUCCCUUCAAGUACCAGUAGUUGCACAAGCCGCAGUUUCACACUGAUGCCAGGCAGCUUAGGACACUACCGAGGUGUAUCUACAACAUAAGCGUUUUCUGUGGUUGGGGUUGAGUCUUUUAAUUCGCUGUACACUUAAAACUACAGUCCACAAAUAGGCUGCCGGGUGGCCUUGAGGACUCAUAAUGCCCAUGUUGGAGACAAUGCAAGGUCAUCAUGAACUUUCUGGCUGGAUUAUGCAUCAGGUACCACGAAUAAUCUUUUUCAUUGGGUAUUCUAUUUUCAAAUAUUGACCCACGUAGAUUUGUUUUUUGUUAAACGAUUGGAAUUGAUCUAAUCGAGCUCGAAAAGCACAUGGAAUGAAAUCGCCUGUGUUGAACAAUGCCUUGUGAUAGAGGUACCACCAAGGCUUCCUUGCCCAGGAAUUGGUCAAACAUCUCAUUGUGGGACUCUCUUAAAAAAACACAUUGGUGAGACUCAGUCAGGCUCUCACUGGGUAGUUCCACAAACUAGGCACAUUGAUAUUUAAACUUUAAUAAUAAUAGUGAUAAUAAAAAUCAAGUUUUAUUAUGCGCACAUUUUCAUGGGAACAGUCACCCGUCUCUUUAAAGUGGUAGUGGGUUUGACACUCCCGAUUCGUGCUUAUUGGGGCGUCAUUUUAAAGAUGAUGAUAAUGCAGAAGGCACGGCUUGUGAAGUAAGCUACGUACUUGGAAAUGAAUGCACCAUCACCAUCCUAGCAUUGAUGGGAAUAUUCGGUUCAGAGUUCAUCGGACAGCCCUUGCUGUUGGAUGAGCAAUUCUCCCUUGUCAAGAGAGGUGGACAUGUUAUUUUAAAACCUAAAUUACAGUCCUAAUUGGUUGACAUAAUAUGCCCAAGUGAAAAGCCACUGAAUGAGUAUUAUAUUUAUGAUGCCCGACAUCUUUAAGGUGUCUUGAAUUUACUCGUUUGCAGUUGUGAUACUGAAAUCUAUCAAUAUAAGAGUUUCAGAAACAAAAGUGCAACUGAAAAUGAAAAAGACUCAUGUUCGACACAUCACUGUAUUUAUUUAAGUGAGUAUAACAGAAGCCAUAUUUUUUGUUUCCACGUAUUAUUGUUCAAUAGUUUUUUUUACGUUUUAAUUGUUUUACAAAUUGUCGGGUGUCUUUGUGCGUUUGCGCUAUUUUAAAGUUUGCGUGAGAAGUCAACAGUAUCAAAAUCAGCAGUGGAAUAGUAAUGCUCAUUUAUGUUGGGCGCCCCAAAUCAAAAGUUAAAAUACCACAUUCCUAUGAUGAGGAUCAUCACUACUGGUGACUUACCACAAAGUGGUACUCAUUUUAUUGAACCUGGAGUAUAUGAUGAUGAUGAUGGAGAGAGUUGGCUUUCAAUGGGGAUUUGAACUCAUAACUUUCUGAUUUGAGUCUAGUACCCUGGCAUACCAUCAACUGAUUAUGUCUAUAUUUUUUUAAGUCAUACGAACAUUUUAAAUGGUGAGUUUAUAGUACAAUAACGAUAUUUAACAAUGGGGGUGUUUUAUAACAAAAAAAAAUUGAAGGUGCCAAAAAUAUGUUUUUGACAUUUUCCAUUUUACCCAAAUAUUAGCGUUGCUAUUUCCACGUGCAAUAUAUGUAUCUAGUGAAUGCAGUUAGAAUGGGUGUC